GGUCCCUGCCGUGCUGCUGCCCCAGCCUUCCCCUCCUCUUUCCUACCCCUCCUCUUUCCCUCCCCUCUCCUCCUCCUCCUCCUCCUGCAGCCGCAGUGAGGCCGGGCGCGGUGCGGAGCGGUGCGGCGGGGCAGAGCUCAGGUGGGGACAUCCUCCAGCAACAUCCAAAUCUGGGUGCAGGUGCAGUGUCCCAUUCUGCAGCCAAGAUGUGGCCGUCCGUGUCCAUCCUGUGUGUCCUGGUGGCCUUCGCCAAUGCCCGCAGCAUUCCUUACUACCCACCCCUCUCCAGUGACCUGGUCAACCACAUAAACAAGCUCAACACCACCUGGAAGGCAGGGCACAACUUCCACAACACUGACAUGAGCUAUGUGAAGAAGCUGUGUGGCACCUUCCUGGGUGGGCCCAAGCUCCCUGAAAGGGUAGAUUUUGCUGCAGACAUGGAUUUGCCAGAUACCUUUGACUCGCGGAAGCAGUGGCCCAACUGUCCCACCAUCAGCGAGAUCAGAGACCAGGGCUCCUGUGGCUCUUGCUGGGCUUUUGGUGCUGUGGAAGCGAUUUCAGACAGAAUCUGUGUUCACACCAAUGCCAAGGUGAGCGUGGAGGUGUCGGCGGAGGACUUGCUGUCAUGCUGUGGCUUCGAGUGUGGCAUGGGGUGCAAUGGUGGUUACCCCUCUGGUGCAUGGAGGUACUGGACAGAGAGGGGCCUCGUGUCCGGGGGUCUCUACGACUCUCAUGUGGGCUGCAGGCCCUACACCAUCCCACCCUGUGAGCACCACGUCAAUGGCUCCCGGCCACCCUGCACUGGGGAGGGAGGAGAAACCCCCAGGUGCAGCCGGCACUGUGAACCUGGUUACUCACCUUCCUACAAGGAGGACAAGCACUACGGCAUCACAUCCUAUGGUGUCCCUCGCAGCGAGAAGGAAAUCAUGGCUGAGAUCUACAAGAAUGGCCCAGUGGAAGGAGCCUUUAUUGUCUACGAGGACUUCUUGAUGUACAAAUCUGGGGUGUACCAGCACGUGUCAGGGGAGCAGGUUGGAGGCCACGCCAUCCGGAUCCUGGGCUGGGGCGUCGAGAAUGGGACCCCAUACUGGUUGGCUGCCAACUCCUGGAACACCGACUGGGGAGAUAACGGCUUCUUCAAAAUCCUCCGAGGAGAGGACCACUGUGGCAUUGAGUCUGAGAUCGUGGCUGGCGUCCCCAGGACGGAGCAAUACUGGACGAGGGUGUAACCACCCUCCUGCAUCACUGCUGAUGAGUUGAUCACACCACAAAUAAUCCCAAGUCCCUGACGCUUUUAACUGAUAGCGGGUUGGGCGCAGAGCCCCCACUCUUAAGAGACUAUAGUUGAGGUUCCUUUAAUUAAAGCUUUUUAUCUUUUUAUUUCGUUCUGGUUUUAGUUGUACGGUGGAGCUGGAGGUGGCAGGUUCUGUGUUCUUGCGAGCUGCUGUCUGCAAGCCCUCUGCUCCUGGUGGCUCGCAGCUGGAGGGCAUUCCCUGCUCAGAGGACUGCUGGAGGGCUCUGUGACCCCACGUGCUGUGGUCUUUGGGUAGCCUGAAACCCUUCCAGCCCGAUGUAUUACUGGGAGGAUGGGAAUCAUUGUGCUGGAAACAGGGACUUGGUGGGGCAGCAGAGAUGGGAAAUGCAGGUUGUGUCCAUGCAUGGCUUGUGCACUUGUGGCUGGGCUGGUCCGGCUGCUGUUGGCACCCAAAAGGAGCAGGGUGUGCAAGAGAGCCUGUGCCUUGCUGGAUGGGUUAGGACUUUGUAAUGACAGGAAACUGAAGAACCUGGUGUGGGGCUGGCUCUGGCUGGAGCUGCAUAGAGCCCCUCCUGCCUGUAACAAGUCAUCUGUGCACUGCUCGCUCUGCUCCAUUAUUUUGGCUGCUUUCUAAACCACUCCUUUUCUUUUUUAACUCUUUUUUUCUCUUUCUUUUUUUGUUUUUUUCCUUCCUGCUGUAGUCUGGGGUUAUUGAUCCUAGGGAAGGGCCUGGCCUGAGCUCCAUGAGCCUUUGAUCAAAUGUCCUGCAGCAUUGCUAGACAGGGGAAGCUGCGUCUGUCAAAGGCAGCUUGGUUGUGCUUUGGGUCGUGCCUUGGUGAGGGUGCUGCUUUUAGCAUGUUGGCGUGGUGCUUUGGGACUGCAGACACUGCAUGUCGGCUGCAAAGUGUUCCCCAGCUCUGCUGCAGGGAGCUCAUACAGAUGCUUGCAGGUAUCUUGCUUAUUUGCACACCUCUAAAGCUUUCUUUGAGCCACAAGUAUCAAGGAAGAAAUACCCUUAUUUUUUUUUUAACUGGGGGGGGGUGGGAGGUGUAAUAACUGUAGGAGGAAUCGUAUGAUCUGCCCGUGCUAAUGUAAUGGAAGAACCUUUUAUUUUCUCUGAAAGCACAGAGUCUAUUGGCGAGCUAAGGCCACACAGCUGACAUGAGUGAAGCAGGCUCUCCCCUUGUACUGUAAAAUAGCCCCCUACCUCUGCUUACUCAUUGAAACAGAACUUUGGUGUAUCCGAAUGAAACGACUGUGCCAAUAAAUGAUUUCUCCAACA